AUGGAGACCAAGUUAGCAAACGGGAAGAGCACAUCGAACGGCCAUAUGAGUCCAGUGUGGCGUCCAGAUUUAUGGUUACGAGAUGUUUGUUUGGUCUGCCAAUCAGCAUAUCAAACUGAUGAGCAAAAAACUGAACAUAUCGCCUCAGACGUUCAUAUUAAGGUUUUUUUCAUUUCGAAAGUCUUGUUUUUAGCUCGCAGUGUUUGA